GCCCUCUCCCUGAACACAUGUCAGGCGUCCUGUAAGCCCGGAGAGGAGGGACGCAGUCUCCGCAGUCCGAGGCAGACGCAGAAUGAGAGCGGAACAAGAGAUGGACUGAGGAGAGAAAUAUUCAGAGGAAAGAUAGAGGCAGCAGGCUGGAUGGGCGGGUGGAGGGACGGCAUUCGGCGUUGAAGGGGGAGUGUGUUAGCAGCAGAGAGGAGAGUCGUUCUCCACCGGCAGACUGUGGGAGACGGGGAGGGCAGAGGACAUCAGAGGAGAGACGCUGCAUUGUGGAUGUAAACUUUAUCAUCUGUGGAUCGGCGGGGAGCAGCUGCAGAGCAGGAGCAGAGCGUGCUGCUGGAUUACCAUGCGUGUCCUCUGAAUGCACCAGGAUGCUGCCUCUCCAGCAGGGGAAAAGCUGGCCGUGGCUCGCCUGCAGAGGGAAGUGGCACGGAGCAAGAGUGAAGGAACAAUGCGAGAAAAGCUGAUCCACGAGCUAGAGGAAGAGCGCCGCCUGCGACUGGAGAGUGAGAAGCGCCUGCGGGAAGUGACAGAGGAGUCGGAGCUGGGCCGGGAGCAGAUGGUCUCGCUGCAGCAGCAGUUCUCCAGGAUGGAAGAGACGGUGCGGUCGCUGCUGCAGAACCAGACCGGCGUCCUGGAGCAGAGCGCUGUGGACACGGUGGACAUCAUGAAGGCCUACAAGGACAAACUGUCAGAGGAGGAGCAGAAACGGAGCGACGACCCGGCAGAGAGCGACGCGCCUCCAGUGGACCAGGAGGACAGAACCAUUCCUCUUCUGGAGCGCCUCCAGGCCCUGGAGGAGGAGAACUCGACCCUGGCCCUGGAGAACGAGAGCCAGAGGGAGCAGUACGAGCGCUGUCUGGACGAGGUUGCCAACCAAGUUGUCCAAGCUCUUCUCACACAAAAGGAUCUGAGGGAGGAAUGUCUGAAGCUCCGGACCAGAGUCUUCGACCUGGAGCAGCAGAAUCGAGCGCUGAGCGUUUUGUUCCAGCAGAGGAUCAAGCCCGCCUCAGACCUGCUUCUCCAGAAGCUGCACUCUCGGAUCAUGGACCUGUCGGCGGCCGACCUGCUGCUGGAGCCCGAGAGGAGCAAGGCUUUCCUGCUUUCCAGGAACUCCGACUCUCCUUCUGCUGAGGUUCAGCUAUGUGGAAAGCCGGGUCUCCCUGUGGCCAAGUGUUUGAGCCAGCUGAGCCUGAGCGUGCCCCCGCCCGUCUACCCGCGCAGCAGCUGCAGCAGCAGCGAGAUCUCCCUGUCGAGCGCAUGCAGCGAGUUCUCCAGCGGCUCGUACACCUGGAAUGACGGACGCUCCUGCGGGAAAAAGUCUUCUCUGACAUGGGAGAAGAGGCUGAGUUUGGGUUCAUCGGCUCCGAGUAACAUCUGUGCCCCUUCGGAGGAGCAGCGGCCCACGAGAUGUAAGGAGAGCCACAUCCUGGAGGGACUUAGGAAGCUCCAGAGGAGGAAACACCGGAGCUCCUCCUGUUCUUCGAAGGUCUCCAGAUCAGGCUAUAAGGACUGUAUGAACUCCAACGAGGGCAUCUACUCCCUGGGGAUCAAGAACAGCAGCAAAGGGGUUUCCAAGCCCAGCCACUGUGGCAGGACUUUCACCGCUCGCGGCAAGCAAUUCUUCUACGAUUCGGAUGAUGCAGAUGAUGAACUGGCACAGUCUAGCCGCAGAGAUGACAUCCCCACUAAGGACUGCUGGUUUCACUGCAAGAGACUUUCUCACAGCAUCUCGGACAGCUUGUGCAGCUGGGACGGGACGCAGGAAGGUGACGCCCCUUCAGGACCGAUGGUUGCGAACCCUUGUUCUGGCUGUGACUCCAAAGAGCGUCCGGAGAAGCUUGUAAGUUUCAUCAGUUUUCUCUCAGAUGGAGAGCACAAGUCAGCUUUUAGUAAACCGACCAAGCUCCACUUCAACCCGCCCGACCCAGAAAGCACCAAGCGCCUCCGCGAUGUGGACGGCCGCGAGGAAAAGUGUAGUGAAGUCCGAAUGUCCUGUGACCAACCGACAGAGCAAGCAGAGAGGGAGUUCAAAAGACUGUCUAGGGAUGCUGCGAAGCUCCUUAAACAAAAAUACUUGGGCAGAGACCAGGGACGCACCCAGUCUGCCGAUGGGAGGCCCAAACCUUUAAGUCUAAUGAAGGAACCAAAAGCCUCCAAGUGUACCCAGUCUGAAGAAAGCAUAUUGGCUAUCUUUGAUGCAGAAGGGGAACCUAUUGAGCUUUGUCCCCAAAGGCUUCCAGCAGAUGCAGAUCAAAUUCAAGGGAGGAAAAUUGCUUCUAACUGUGCAGAAUUAGUACCACCAGAGAGACCAACAAGGCAAACAUCUGCAAAUGCAAGAAAUUAUAAUGUUCUGGAAUCUCCAGAGAAACCUUCAGAGUGUGAGAGUAGGACUAGUAAAUCAGCCAAUAGGAAGGAGGAAAGUACAGAGAGACUGUAUUUGCAGCCGACUCCACAAAGAAAGCUAAUAAAACCACCAGGCGUCCGAGCAAGUAAGGGUCAGUCCAUCCCUCCUUUGAAUGAUGCUGCCUGUCCCAAGACUAGUGGUUCAAAGAUUCCUGGUCGUAACAAACCGUCAGCAUCCCCACUGAGGGUGUCUAAAGGUUCAACAGCUGAGCCAAGCAACAGUGGAAACUCAGGAUCCUCCACUCAGGAGAAAUCCCCUUCCUCUCCUACAGUUAAAAUGUCCAGAUUCAUAAAAACGCAAACUAGCUCUCAGAGCCCAAAGGCUGUGAACUCCAAAUGGAGUAGGGGUCCCUCAUCCACUUCCCCCCACCUCUCAAGAAGGCUCUUGGAGUUUGGUGACACUAGUGAACAACCAACCAGAGACAAACACUGUGAACCUAGCAAAAAUAAACUCAGGUCUCCCUCUCCUCCCCCUCCCCCGGGCCGCACCACCUCCCUACUGAUCAGACCAAACUACGAAGGUUCCCCUCAGGCACAUAAAACAGGGGUGGCGCCACCAUCCACACUAACCACUGGGAGGGGCCCUCCCCCAAGUUACUACACCUCAUUGGCACCAAAUAUGCAAACCACUUUACCCAUCAAGGAUAAAGACUGUUUGGAUUUGGAUGCAGGCUAUGGGACUGCACUUGCACCUCAGAAACUGAUCGAGAAAACCAGUCAGCACCUUCAGAAGUCCCCCAUUGUGACUCAGACUCCUACUAAAGGCACAUCCAAACGAACAAAAGACUACCUCCCUUCUGCAAACUCAGGGUCUGUUCGAGAACCUGACCAUGCACCUAGAAGCUCAAAGAACGUCCCUCCUCCCUACAGUGCCCUCAGAGGCUCCUCACUACAAAACACAUUCGCAAUUAAGAAAGGACCCACUCAUGAAAAUGUCCACCAGACAGUUCAGAAGACCUCUAUAAGUUUACCCUUAUCCCUUCAGGAUUCCCCUCAAUGUCAGCCAGAGCAGCAAAAUGCUAAAGCUAUCGUUAGCCCUCCUGCCUCUGCUGUUAUGUCACCCAGCCAAGCAGAAAAGGCUGCAAAGACUCGCAUCCCAAUGGGCUUUAAAGCCUUUUUGAAAUCACCUCCAACAAGUAAAAGUAGUCCCACUGUUCCUGGUAAGCAAGAGAAAGACCAUAUCAACUCAGUCUCCAAAGAGACGGUGACUUCAAAUGCCUCGACCCAGUGUGACGGCUUGGAAGCGGCGUUUAGUAUCGAUUUACCACCCAAGAUGUCUUCCACAGAGGGGAAAGGUAAAGGUGAAGUCCAGUGUUGCGUUCCAGAAGAGGACGUACAUCCCGCUGUGUUGCCUGAGGAAGCUGAUGUGUAUGAGAAGGGGAAAAGGACCAGUCAGCUCUUUGGUCGAUCCAUAUCCGUGACAACAAAAACCCAUCUAAAGCCCGCUCUGGGAAUGAACGGCGCCAAAGCUCGUAGUCAGAGUUUCAGCGCCAACUACAUGGAGAAACCGAACAUCAAUGUGCUGGAAGGACCGGGAAAAGUUCGGACUCAAAUCAUUACCAACUCGGGCGAGAGGGGAAACUCUCUGUCAAGACAGAGUUCUUUAGAGGUACCAGCUGUUGGCUUGGCUGAGAGUCCGCUCCAUUCACCCAGGAUGAGGCUAAGCCACUAUGGAGGCAUGACAGUUUCAACCAGUACCAACGGCCUCCCCGACAAGCCCUCAAAGUCAGGCUCUAACAGGGAAGCUGUCACCUCCCCUACACAUAAAGAGGUGCGCAGUCAGCCGACAGGUGAAAGGACGAGUUUCAACAACACCCGGAAACCAAAAGUGGCCUCUCACCCACAGUUUCAGCCUCAGCCAUCCUUCUAUAGCCCUGAAAACCCUGCCAGAGAGAAGGAGAGCCUGGUAGCCAGCUCCAACGAACCGGGCAAAACCCAGCUGGACUCGCCAACCAAACCAACCGACACAGAGGACAAGAAAAUCAGCCCAACAGUUUGCACAAUUGAAGAGAAAGUCAUGAUGGGCAUCGAGGAAAACUUGCAAAAAUCCCAAGAACAAGAGAAGGUAGCAGCCAGCGAGGCCAAACAAAAAACCGGCCCGUCUCUCGCUAACUGGUUCGGCCUCCGAAAGAGCAAGCUUCCGGCUCUGAGCGGCAAGAAAUCCGACUCCCCCAAAGGGAAGGAAGAGAAGAAGGACCUAAAGAUCGGGUCUGUCCUCGGAGGGAAACAGGUCAAGCCUGACAAGAAGAAGGACAAGAAGAAGGAGGGCCCGGAAAUCCAGAAUCUGUCUGAGAUGAACAACAAGCUGAGCUCCAUCAUGGACCACUGCAACAAUCAGAUGGGUCAGAUCGCCAGUCAGAUCCAGAGUACCACGGCGUUCAUCGGCAAAGACCAGUUUGUGAAAGACCUCCUCGGCAGGACGGCGGUGAAGGUCAGCAGCGUGACCGCCUCACCGCCCGCCAUGUCCACACCCAGGAAGCACGGCGAAACCAAGGCGGACCUGCAGAUCUGUCCCGAUACGGCGACCCUGAUAAUAAGUCAGAAGAUCAGCCUGAAGGCUGAGGAGGAGGAUGGACACCUGGCAGACUCCAGCUGUCAGGACCACAUGAUAGGCUCCGGUUGCCAGAUGCGCACCCUGGACAGCGGCAUCGGCACCUUCCCCCUCCCCGACUCGGUCUCCAGGGCCGCCGGCCGCCACGUCCCCAGGUCCCAGUCCAGCCCGGACCGGGUGACCUCCGACCCCUCGCAGCCCCAUGUCAAAGUGCUUUCCCUCCCCAAAGUGCAGCCGCACCCCUCCACCAGCAGCGUGGCCCACUCCACGUCUGACCCUGGCGACAGAACAGGCCAGGACACCCAGAGCCAUCUGCCCAAACCCUCGACCUCAGACGCCAUCCGGACCAAGAGGCUGAGUCUGUUCGCCCAGCGCAGCAGCAGCAGCGACCAGGACAGGAAGAGGACAGCAGAGCAGGACUCAACGGAUGGAGUCCAGAUGCUGAGGACAUUCUCAGGGAGUGACACGGAGACAGAGCCGGACAGAACCGGCGCCACGGUAACCAGGAGAACCGUCUCCGUGGAGCAGAGCGAGGACACCCUGAAGACGUCCCUGUCCAUCAUGGACUACUACCAGCACGAGAUGCUGUCCCAGCUGGACUCCCUGGACGGGUCGGCCCGGGACCGGAUCAGCAAGGAGCUGUCAGCGGAGAAGCUGCCCGUCGGGCCGAGCCGUCCGGCCUCUCUCCACAUCUCCCUGGAGUCCCUGAACAAGCUGAACCACUGCGGCGGCGGCGCUCCGGACCCCAACCUGAGAGCUGACGGCGACGCAGGCGGCAGCAGCUGCAACGGCAGUGAGCCUCUACCGUCGUCUGGCUUUGGCAGCAGGCCGGGGCUGGACCACUCCCUCAGCGACUCACUGUAUGACAGCUUCUCAUCCUGCACCAGCCAGGCCUCCAAUGGCGUCUGAGGAGCUGCUGCACCGCUGGAUGUGUGGCCCUGUAUUGAUCUUUCACCACACCCUUUCACUCUAGUGUCAGUGGAUCAAUGAUUUGGAUGUUGAAGGGUACAGUCGGCCCAUUAGACCUGUUUUUAGGUUUCCAUACCUGGUGGCUACAAGACAAUGAGAACUAUUGUCUCUUGACUCAGUUUCAGUCUCAGGUUUCUAGAACCCAGUGGUACGGAUGAUUUCAGCAUCCUCAGAAAUCUCUUGAUCUUCAUGUGAUUCCAGACCAUCAUGUGUGGUGAGGAUGUCUCCUGGUAUGAGAGGAGUGCCCACCUCUCAACAGGUCCAACCAGACUGAUAAAAAACACCAGGAAAAGUUAGUCCAACUAGCCUAAAUUUAAAGACGAUUGUCAAAAACAAAUUAAUUGUCGUUACAUAGCAAAGCAGUGCAUUCGAAAGUGUCUAGCCAGGCAGAAUAUUUUGGUAGUUAAGGAUAUUUUCAUGAUAAUAUUAAACUUAUAAUUUAUAAAAAAAAAAUUCUCUCAACUGAUUAUUGGUUGUUUUGUGAGUCAGAGGAUAAAGACUACUAGUCUUUGAUUUUCACAAGACACCAAAACAGAGGUUAGAAAGUAGGGGUCAGGGCGCUGUUGUAGGUCAAUCCCUUUCGUUGUGGUUUGGAGAUUUUUAGGAAUCUUAGAAACUAAGAGUCAGAGACUGAAACCUUUGAGAUUUCCAGUUUUGGAGAAUCGCAAAACGGUUUCUGCAGUGAAGAAACGUAUCAGUGAAACCGCGGUGAGGCGCUAAUGGCACCGUCCUUCACUGCUGGCUGGAUAGAGCCAAACCUUGCUUUGGGUCUGAACCUCUUGACUAAAUCUCUAUUACUUUUCCAAAAGACUUUAGCAGCCUCACCCACAAAGUGACCCGUUAGAUUUUCCAUACAACCAAAGCACUUAGAAGAUCCGUUAAGACAGACUCAACCCAAUCCAGAACCUUGAUUAGUAGAGAAACAUGUUACCAAAUUGUCCUGACUGACAUAAACUUUAUUUACACCCAGAUUUAUGGUUUAUACUUCUGUGUUGAGGAAGAUCUCUCUAUAACUGCCUUUGUUGAGUUCCAACAAUUGGUCAUAAGGACAAGGUUCUCAUUUGCCAGUCUUCUGGAUAUUGUCCAACAUGUGUUCUACUCCAUCCAGUUUUAAGGAGGUGCAAUCUCUUUUCAUAAACCAGGUUUGGGUAAAGAGACUACUUGGUUAGAUCUCGGUUGGGUCUGACUUAUGUCUUGGUGACAUGGUUGGGUCUUUGUUAGAUCUUCAUUGGGUUUUGGUUAGAUCCUGGUUGGGUCUUUGUUAGAUCUUCAUUGGGUUUUGGUUAGAUCCUGGUUGGGUCUUUGUUAGAUCUUCAUUGGGUUUUGGUUAGAUCCUGGUUGGGUCUUUGUUAGAUCUUCAUUGGGUUUUGGUUAGAUCCUGGUUGGGUCUUUGUUUCAUUCACCACACAUCCAGAGGACCCAUUUGUCCUAAGCGUUGAAGGCAAGAGAUCUCUACUCUGACAUGGGUUUGAAUACUUCCUGAUGUGAGUUUAGUUUUCGGUACAUCAGUCCUCCGACUGUUUGAUCUCUUUUGCUGUCGGUAACUCAGGGAACUUUCUGGACUCACAAAGAUUGUAAAUUAAAGCGUCUUUCCUCCCAUAUGAGAAACGUUUGGUCGUCUCGAUGAGUUCAGGUUUCAGAACCGGUCUCUCUCCCAUGUAGCAUCACUGCAAACCUUUCUACUGUCCUCAGUUUCUCCUCGUGUCUGUAUAUUAUGUUGUACAUAAAAUCACUAUGAGUUAAUAUCAGAAGGGGCAUUGCUGAUUGAUAUGUGACUAAAGCGUUUUGUAAAGAAAAGCUGUACAUUUUUGCCGAUCGUUCGACUAACUUUUCCAGUCGUGCUGUUUGAAAACGGCGCGGAUCGUUUCUGAUCUUUUAUUUUGAAUCAAUAAAUGCAAAAAAAAAAAAAAACACUUUAGGUGUAACUAUGCCAAAUUGUUGUCUGGAAUCUGACAAGCUGGUGCUAGUAAUCAACAGAGUUUGGGAAAAAAAAAAAAAAUUUCUAUGGAACUGUAAUUAUUGUAAGAAGAGAGUGUGAAGGGGAGGGUUGUGUAUUUUUCUAGCUGUCCAAUAUUUAUACCCAGGUUUUGUAGUGUGACUGUCAUGCUUCACCUUUUUCCUCACAUGUUUCUUUGUAAAGAGAACUGGUUACCAGCAGUGUUACUUCGGUAAUUAUUAUUAUUAUUAAUAUUAUUAUUAUUGCUGUGUGCAAUUUUUGUCUGUUACUCUAGACUUUAAGGCUAUAUUUUAUGUAACUAUUUCCUAAAUAAAUAUGAGAAAUUAUUUCCUAUUUCA